CAUGUGUUUCUUUGCUUUUAGCUUCCCUGAGGGAUAUACUAUCAUAUAUCUCAGUAUAUCCUUUUUCUUUUGAUUUUUUGUUUAGUUGAAGUUGGAUCAGUGUGCCAAAAUGUUAAACACACUUCACUUGUGAUUGGGAUCGGGAUCUUUCUCUUAUAUCCACUAUUCUUUGUUUUAUUUAAUGUGGAUUUAGUGAUUUACUGAGGAAUACACCCUUCAUUCUUCCUCACUUGCUUACUUCUCAUUCGGUUCAAUGAUCUAUUGGUUUUUGUAGUCGAAGGAGUAUAAUGGGUGAACAAUUGGGGCUGCUAAAAGUCAUUGUUGUGCAAGGGAAAAGGUUGGUGAUCCGGGAUUUCAAGACCAGUGAUCCUUAUGUUGUGCUCAAGCUAGGGAAUCAGACUGCAAAGACCAAGGUAAUUAAUAGCUGCUUGAAUCCUGUUUGGAAUGAGGAGCUGAAUUUCACUCUGACAGAACCCUUGGGAGUUCUGAAUUUGGAAGUGUUUGAUAAAGAUCUUCUGAAGGCUGAUGACAAGAUGGGGAAUGCUUUCCUGAACCUUCAACCAAUAGUCUCUGCAGCCAGAUUAAGAGACAUCUUAAGAGUGUCCUCUGGUGAGACGACAUUAAGGAAGGUCAUACCUGAUGGUGAAAACUGUCUUGUCCGUGAAAGCAGUAUCAACUGUGUGAAUGGUGAGGUGGUGCAGAAUGUUUGGUUAAGGCUUCGUGGAGUUGAGUCUGGGGAACUAGAAUUGACCAUCAAGUUGGUCACACAUGUUGCUCCUGCAAUAUAGUGCAACAAUUGCAUGUGUCAUAAGUGUAGAUCUCUAACUAACAUUUUAUGUCUAGUCGAGUCUUGCUUUUGAUUAACUCCUGCAUAGAUGUUUCUACCCAAAAAUGAAAAAAAAAAGAAGCUUUUAUAGGUUUUUGGUUUCUCAGUCCAGGUCACUUUUGUUUCUGGUCGUUUUUUUAAUUUCUCAAUUUCAAAAAAAUACUCUUUUUAGUCCCUUCUGACUGAUUUUCAGCAGUUUGGAUUCAUAAUUAUAGCAGAUGCACUGAAAAGAGUCUUUUUUAAAAUGAGGGACUGAGAAAAACAAAUUUAAAUUUGAGUGAUAAAAAACAAAAGUAACAUAGUUUGAGGAACCAAAAACAUAUUUAAGAAAGAAAAAAAAAACAUUAAUAGAAGCAUAUUCCAAUGAAAUUUAGCAGUGAAUUGGUGAUGCCUCAUCCCCAGUUAGAUUAAAGCCACUAGAUGCUGCAUCUUCAAAUCAACAAGUAGUGAUUUAUGGCUUAUUUGAGCUUAUGGUGUGCUACCCUUGUGUUAUCUUGUAUUACAUACCCUCCUCCCCAAAAUAGUACAGAUUAAUAUUCAUUUUAGCUAUGAGCAUUCAUUUGGGUAUUGCGUGAGUUUUGAUGGCAUUGUAUAGAUUUGCAGAUAAGUCAAGAAAAGAUAAAUUGUGAGGCUGAUGCUUGCUAAUUUAUAUUUCUUCACUGCUAGU